CAGGUUCUUUAUAAAUCUGCUGCAGGCUGCAGUGGGAGAGGAUCAUCGGCUGUUUGUGAGUAAAUACCUGUGCUUUGUUUCAGAUGUAAAAGCUUCAUGAUGCAGCAGAUAUUUGGAACUGAUUGAUAUUAUAUUUUUUUUAUUUGUUUAAACUAAUUUAUAAAUAACCAUUUUUCUUAAAGAUCGUAAGCUUUAAACUAAAACUUCCUGUAUGCAUAAAUACUGGUAAAAUGAGGCACAUAUUUUGUGUUAGAGGAUUUAUUUGUCUUUUUAAUAAAUUUCUUAUURUUAAAACAGACUCCAACAUGAUCAUGAGACACUGAACAAGGCAGCAGGGAGGAGAUGCUGAACUUCAGCUCCUCCGGGCUCCUGGACCCCCUCAUGAGUAACAGCAGCUCUGUGCAGACAGGGGGCGCUGCAGAUCCCCCUAAAGACAGCUUCUCUAACGCCCUGACCAAAAACAUUGUGGCCAUGUUGGUGUGGCUGGCCCUCAGCAUCAUCAACAGCAGCAUGCUGCACACCUUUCUGCAACACAGUGUUUUCUACGAGAACCCACGAUACAUCAUGUUUAUCUGCAUGGUGGUGAAUGACGCCCUGCAGCUGACGCUCAUAACCACGCUCUAUGUGGUCAGCUACAUUUUCAGGAAGAUCCACGCCUCCGUCUGUUGCAUUCUGGUGAUGACGGCGGUCCUCACCACCCGCUCCACCCCUCUCAUCCUGGCCGGCAUGGCUCUGGAGCGCUUCCUCUCCAUCUGCCUCCCCCUGCGCUACAGCCAGGUGUGCACCGUCCCCCGCACCCUCGUCCUCAUCGGUGUCACCCUCGUCCUCGCCGCCACUCCUCCGGUCACAGACCUCCUCAUCACCGUCCUCAGCGAGCCUCCCAGUUUCUUCCACGCCUCGGUGUUUUGUGACCACGGCCUCCUGUUCCGCCACCYGUCCAUCUACUACAAGAACUGCGUGUUCGACGGCUUCUUCCUGUCCUUCGUGGUUCUGACGCUGCUCUACACCUACUGUAAGAUCAUGUUAGCAGCCCGAGCUGCGUCCACCAGCCUGACGUCGGUGAAGAGAGCCAGGAACACCGUGCUGCUGCAUGGGGGGCAGCUGCUGCUGUGCAUGCUGGCCUUCGUGGUUCCCUCUCUGCAGGCCGCUCUCAUCUCCAUCUUCCCCCUGCUGAGCCUGGAGAUCCGCUACAUCUUCUUCCUGCUCGUCUACAUCAUCCCUCGUUUCCUGAGCCCCUUCAUCUAUGGCUUUCGGGACGAGCUCUUCAGGAAGUACUGGAUCCGGAACCUGUUUUGCCAGAGUCAGAGCGUCCUCCGGGUCUGGCCUGCGGUGCUGAAACCACCUCAGGAAACAUGAAGCCUGCCCGUCAGGAUGAUGAGUCUCAAAUCUGCAGUUUAAUUGUGCAAAAUAUCAGAAAUGUGAUCAGUUUUUCAAAAUAAAACCAUUAAAUGCCA